AUGGCCGCCUCGCUCGCCGCGUCCGCCGCCGCGUCGCCGGCGCCGUCCAAGGAGCAGCGCCGCGCGGCCAAGGCCGAGCGCAAGGCCGCCGCCCACGCUGCUGCGGCGGCAGCACCUGUCGCAGCACCGCCGGCCGCUGCCAGUGCGGCACCCGCAGUCGCAUCCGGCAGCCGCAGUGCCCGUGCCAGUGCGCCGCGCCCGCCGCGCAGUGCCUUCGUCGUGCGCUACGCCAGCAUGCAGAUGGCCAUCGCGCCCGCGCUGAGCGAGCGCCCGGCGCAGGCCGUGCAGGAGGCCUUUGACAGCAUGCUCAUGCGCUACGUGCCGCCGCUCGGCGGCGUGCUCGUCGCGCACGACGAGGCCAUGUUCCUCAGCAGCACGGCGCGCUUCGACGGCGACGGCGCAUAUGCCGUCGCGCCGGCGGCAAUCAAGUGUCUCGUGUGGGCGCCGACGGUGGGCAUGCGCGUCGAGGGGACCAUCACCCUCUCGACGCCGUCGCACGUCUCACUCCUGCUGCACGGCACGUUCAACGCCUCGAUCUCGGCCGCACACAUGCCCUCGGCGCAGGCUGCCCACGAGCCGUCAUCGUCCUUCCAGCGGCCCAACGCCGGCGCCGCCGAAUGGGAGUUCGUCGAGGACGAAGAGGCGGCGGCCGAGGAUGCCGCACGCCGCCGCGUCCUCGAGGGCGGCAGCGCCAGCGAGCAGAGCAGCGUCAAGGAGGAGGCUGCCGACGCCGACGAGGAGGAGGAGGAGGACAAGGCGGAUGCCGAGCCGGAGAGCAAGGCCGACGUCGAGCGCAGCGAGGGCUACUGGAAGCGCAAGAGCGAUGGCCAGCGCCUGGGCGGCGCCGACGGGCGCGUGGCGUUCACCAUCAUCGGCAUGACCAUCGCGAACCACCAGCUCUCGCUGCACGGCUCGCUGCUGCCGGCGCCUUUCUCCGUGCCGCUCAGUGUGCCCCUGCCGGCCAAGGCGGCCGCCGUUGUGCACCCUGUGCCGUCCGGCGAGGCGCGGCGUGUGCGCUGGCAGGACGAGAACUCGGAGGUGUCGGACGAUCCUGCCGCGGCGCCGGCCGCAGCGGCACCCUCUGCGGAUAGCCGCGGCAAGAAGCGCAAGCUGAAGGUCGGGCCACAGUCCGACGCCGAGGCCAGCGCGUCCGAGUCCGAGCCCGAGCGCGCCGAGAAGAAGCAGCGGAAAAAGGACAAGAAGGCGGGCGGCGCAUCGGAGUCUGAGGCCGAGCGGGCAGAGAAGAAGCAGCGGAGGAAAGACAAGAAGGCGAAGCGCGAGCAGCACUAGGGGUCUGCGCGGCGCUGCAAUGCAUCUCCCGUCACUGUCUCUGC